AUGUUUCGAGCGCAGCAGAAUACCUUCGACGAUGCUAUCGCGAAAGCGACGGACGAGAACCUCACAUCCGAGAACUGGGAGUAUAUCCUAGAUGUUUGCGACAAGGUCGGCGGUAGCGAUGCAGGCCCGAAAGAGGCGGUGGCUGCCAUGAUUAAGCGGCUCGCCCACAGAAACGCCAAUGUGCAGCUAUAUACGCUCGAGCUGGCCAAUGCAUUGUCGCAAAACUGUGGCGUUACCAUGCACAGGGAGCUCGCGUCGCGGAGCUUCACCGAUGCAAUGUUGAGACUAGCUAAUGACCGGACGACACAUCAGCAGGUCAAGAGCAAGAUCCUCGAGCGUAUGGAAGAGUGGACAAAGAUGUUCAGCUCCAACAGCGAGUUGGGCAUAAUGGAGCAGGCUUACAUGAGGCUCAAAUCACAAAAUCCUAAUCUACAGCCCCCACAAGCGCCACAGAAGCAACGCAUUACAGACUACGACCGACAACGAGAAGAGGAAGAACUGCAGAUGGCUCUGAAGCUCUCGAUACAGGACAAGCCAACUCCUGCGCCAUCAUCAUCAUCUCAACCCAGCGCCGCAGAGCUUUCGGCGCAGCCAUCUUCCGCUACCCAGAGUCAUGCUUCCCAGCCAGUGCCGCCUGGCACAACAGCAGCCACGGUAUCACGUGUCCGUGCCCUUUUCGAUUUCCAACCUUCCGAGCCUGGUGAGCUACAAUUUCGCAAGGGCGAUGUGAUCGCCGUGCUUGAAUCUGUGUACAAGGAUUGGUGGAAGGGGUCUUUGCGGGGCCAAACCGGCAUAUUUCCUCUCAAUUACGUCGAGAAGUUACAAGAUCCUACCGCGGAUGAACUCCAAAAAGAGGCGCAAAUGGAGGCAGAAGUAUUCGGGCAGAUCAAGAAUGUGGAGAAGCUGCUGGCGCUCUUAAGCACAAAUUCGGGCGACAUUGGUGCCAGAGAGAACGAGGAGGUUACCGAGUUGUACAACCAGACACUCAGCAUCCGGCCGAAGCUGAUCGAGUUGAUUGGAAAGUACACGCAGAAAAAGGAUGAUUUCCAACAACUGAAUGAGAAGUUCAUCAAGGCGAGACGAGACUAUGAAGCCAUGCUUGAGACCUCUAUGGCCCAGUCCGCCCAGCAAUAUGGUCGACCGGGACAGCAGCCGUAUGGCUAUGGCGGCGGAGGCCCGCCACCCCAAGGCUACCCGCAACAGGCGCAACGGUUUUACACACCGGACGGCCAGCCUCCCAACUCGGGCUACCCAAGUCAACCGCCAGGACCAUCUUCUCAGAUUCCUCAACCAUACCAACAACAGCAACACCCUCCGUAUCCAGUCUCGUCCCCAGCACCUCAAUCGCAUACUCCUGGCCCCCAGGCUCCAACACCCGCCCAGGAUGCUUACGGCGCCUACCCACCUCAACGGCGCCCUUCACAGCACUCUGAAUACCAACCCCAGGAGAUGGGCACCUCUCUUUACAACUCUCCCGUCGAUUCCAAUGCUCCACCUCGACACUCCUUUCCACCACUCCAAACCGGUACGGCGCUGCACAACCAGUCACAAGCGCAGCUCUCGGAACCAGACUAUUCCGCCUCGGUGUACUCGGAGGAUGCGCCGGGGCAGCAGCUACCACAUCAGCACACUGGCCCGGGUCAGCCUCCGCAACACGCACCCCCACCGCCAGGCCCUGGAGCACAGCAAGGAUAUCCGCCACAGCAGGGGUACCCGAGCAAUCCGCCGCCGCCCAGUCAUGCACCACCGAGUGUGCCUCCUCCGCAGAGUUUCAGUCCCGGGCCGGCGCCACAGCAACAAUAUCAGGCAUAUCAGCCGCAGCCGCAGCAACAGGCAGGCUACGCUGGGGGCGAUCCGGGGAGGUUCUACCGAUGA